UCUGGUCGUGAACUCAUGAUGCUUGCUGGCUUCCUCUUCCUGCUCCUUCUAACAGAUGGGGAGUCGUCUGAGCGUAUUUGCAGUUAUCAGGAUGUUUUAGACUACUUGAACUUGACCACCAACAAAGACAUGUUGUCUUUGACCCGGCCAGUUAAAAACUACAAAUAUGCCACAAAUGUAACCCUGGAUGUACUGCUCUAUGGCAUUCUAGAUGUGGUAAAGAAAGAACAGCAAUUGGUUCCUUAUGCAUGGAUCGAUAUGUGGUGGAAGAAUGAGUUCAUUUCUUGGGAUCCUGAAGAAUUCUGUGGUAUUAAGAAUGUUUCUCUUCCUGCUGAAAUUUUGUGGAAGCCAGAUAUAACCAUUCAAGAGAUGAUAGAAAAUGACAAGGCCCCUCCCAGUCCUUAUCUCUCUGUUCAAUAUAACGGUGAGAUCAUCCUUACGAAUGACAAGGUGCUGGUCAGCACCUGCAGGAUGCACGUAUACAAAUUUCCCUUCGAUAUUCAGAGCUGCAACCUCACCUUCAAGUCUGUUAUACACACUGUUGACGAAAUACUGCUUGUUGAGAAUUACGACUCUAAAAGGACUACGGAGUUAACUCACACGUUGAUCCAGACCCAGUAUGAGUGGCUGUUCAUUAACAUGACAGUCACCAACAAAACUAUCGACCUGUUUGACUUCAGACAAAGCGUGAUUAUUUACACUAUCACUAUGAGGAGGAGGUCUGCACUUUACAUUGUCAACUUUGUGCUGCCUAUCCUGUUCUUCUUGUGUCUGGACUUGGCCUCCUUCCUGUUGUCGGACAGUGGAGCGGUCUACUGUAUUGGGAUUUUUAGUCUGAUGAUGCUGAGCCUCCUGGAGACGAUUGUGGUGAUUCAUCUGUUGAAUAAAGAUGCUGCAUCUGAAGAAAACGAGACAGAUCAGGACAAAAGCUUGAGUGAGGUCUGUGAGGAGAGACAAAGAAAAGUCUGCCCCCGAAACUGCUUUAGAGGUGCUGAGAAAUGGAUUUGCUGCGCCUGUAAUGUGUCUUCUGGUAAAACAACUUCUGAACUGCUGUCGGUCAAAAAGUUUGAGUGA